AUGAAGAUCUUUGCUCCAUUUCUCGUUGCUGCUCUCGCGACUCAGUCAUGGGCUGUUCCAACGCUGUACCUUGCAGGAGAUUCGACGAUGGCCAGUGGCGGCGGUGGUAGCGGCACCCAGGGAUUCGGAGAAUAUCUGAAGAAUAGCUUUUCCGGUAUCACCAUUGUGAACAAAGCCAUUGGUGGCCGAUCUGCAAGAUCAUACUGGAACGAGGGGAGAUUCCAAGCCAUUGCAGACCUUGUUAAGGCCGGCGACUACGUUCUCAUCGAAUUUGGACACAAUGAUGGUGGCUCCCUGAGCACAACCGACAAUGGUCGCACCGACUGCUUUGGAGGUGGUUCUGAGGUCUGCAUCUCCCCAACAACUGGGGAGAAAGUCUACACUUACGUGUUCUAUCUGCUACAAGCUGGUAAACUUAUGACCGCCAAGGGUGCCCACGUUGUCAUCGCCUCCCCAACGCCUAACAACCUUUGGGAGACUGGAACCUGGAGCUACACUGCUCCUCGAUUUACCGGUUACGGAAGGAGUGUGGUAACCAGCCUGGGAAGCCUGGCUGCCUUCGUCGACCACGGUCUGUACGUUGCAAACGAGUAUAAGGCACUUGGCGCAACCAAGGUUAACGCAUUUUACCCCGUUGACCACACGCACACCAGCCCAGCGGGUGCCGAGUCUGUUGCAGGGCAAUUCGUUAAGGGCUUGAAGUGUGGAGGAAGCGCCUUGAGUGCAUACGUUACUGCGAGCAUCUCCGGGUCCUGCUACUAA